CCUUUCCUCUCAUCGAUGUCUCAGCACUCGGCCCGCCCUCCGCCGCUCCCGGUGCCGGGACGGAGCGCGGCCGCCCCGCUUUGGAGACACUCACCGCUCGUGCGGGCGCUGAGGCGAGGCGGGCCGGGCCCCGGGUUUUCGCGGGUCCUCCCUGGGCUGUCGCCGGGCCCUCAGCAGCCUCUCCCCCGCCGGGCGGUGCGGCGCCAACCCCGCCCCUCUCCUGCCUGGCGCAGCCGCGGACUCCGCCCCGGGAGCGGUGCGAGGCCUCCCGGGCCUGCGCGGGCUGCGGCGCUGCUGCUGCUGAGGGAACGGAAGGCGCGGGGAGCCCGGGCCCUUCCCGCCCCCGUCCCGCGGCAGCGGUCGCACGGCGCUGUCCCGGCUCGUUGCGGGCAGGCCGAUGCAGCCCCCGCAGCGCGGCAGCCGGUGAGAGCAGCGCGCGGCGCCGCCAUGGCCUCGGGCUGCCCGGCGGCCUUCGGGGACCCGGCCGAGGUGCGCGAGGGCUUCCUGUGCCCGCUGUGCCUGAAGGAUCUGCAGGCGUUCCGGCAGCUGCAGGCGCACUACGAGGAGCAGCACGCGGGUGAAGACCGGGACGUCCGGGCGCAGCUCCGGAAUCUAGUCCAGAAGGCCAAAAGAGCAAAGAAGAAAUUGCUAAAACAAGAAGAAGAUGACAGAACUGAUUCUGGAUCUCAGGAACGAUAUGAGUCAUUCAGCUAUGGUGGAGUAGAUCCAUACAUGUGGGAGCCCCAGGAACUAGGUGCUAUGAGAAGCCAUCUUUCUGAAUUCAAGAAACACCGAGCAGCCAGGAUUGAUCACUAUGUAGUUGAAGUCAAUAAGUUAAUAAUCAGACUAGAAAAGCUUACAUCGUUUGACAGAGCAAACACUGAGUCAGCUAAAAUAAGAGCUAUAGAGAAGUCUGUCGUGCCUUGGGUCAGUGAUCAGGAUGUUCCAUUUUGCCCAGACUGUGGCAGUAAGUUCAGUAUCCGGAACCGACGUCACCACUGCCGCCUUUGUGGGUCUAUUAUGUGCAAGAAGUGCAUGGAACUUGUCAGUCUUCCUUUGGCAAGUAAACUCACCAGUGCCAGCAAAGAGGCCUUAGGCUCUCAUACUAGCCCGAACUCCUCACCUAACAGUGUCCACGGCUCCCGCCGUGGCAGCAUUAGCAGCAUAAGCAGUGUGAGCUCUGUUCUGGAUGAGAAGGAUGAUGACCGAAUCCGUUGUUGCCAGCACUGCAAAGACACCUUGUUGAAAAGAGAGCAACAAAUUGAUGAGAAAGAAUACACACCAGAGAUUGUGAAACUCUAUGAGAAACUACGACUCUGUAUGGAGAAGGUUGACCAGAAGGCACCAGAAUACAUAAGGAUGGCAGAAUCACUAAAYGCUGGGGAGACAGCCUACAACCUUGAUCAUGCUAAUGACUUGAGGGUGGAGAUUCAAAAAAUGUAUGAAUUUAUAGAUGCUUUAAGUAAGAAGAUUUUGAGUCUAGGCUUGCACGAAGAUCCUCAACCUCAUCCUAAAACACUACAACUUCAGCGAAUGAUAAGAUAUUCAGCUACACUUUUUGUUCAGGAAAAACUGCUUGGUCUAAUGUCCCUGCCAACCAAGGAGCAGUAUGAAGAACUGAAGAAGAGAAGACUGCAUAUGGUAACACAGGUCACUCUUGAAACACAGGGAAAACAAGAGGAGAAGCGGGAGUUUAUUUCCAUAUCUGCAUCUGCAGUUAAUGGUGAUGAAACUCACAUAAAAAAAGGAACUGUCAGAAAAUCUGAAGGCUGGUUACCCACAUCYAGCAUUUCAAGAGAGAGUGAGAGAGCAGACCCACUUCUUCAGCAGAUUGACAAUAUCACAUCCUUUAUUAAGCAAGCAAAGGCAGCUAAUAGGAUAGAUGAGGUCCAUAUGUUGCAGGAGAACCUGAUGCAGCUUCAGGAUGAAUAUGAUCAACAACAAACUCUAAAAGCUAUCGAGCUUUCUAAAAAACAGGCAGAAGAGGAGGAGAUACAGAGGGAAGAACUUCAGGUCCUUCGUGAAAAAGAGUGGGAAAGAGAGCACCAUAAAUUCAUGUCUCAGCAUUCAAGGACACACUCCUUAGACUUCAGAGAAGUCAAACAGCAUUUGGAUUUUACUUGGAUCAAAGGGGACAYGAGUUCUGAAACUCCUGUUGUUGGGCAGCUGCCAGCUAGAGAGCACUUGGCCUUCACGCCCAAACCCCAGGAUGUCCCACAUGAUGACAAAGACCAGGAUCGGCCAACCUGUCUAAAUCCCUUUGAGGAUGAAGCAGAUACCCCUCAGGCAGAGGAAGAUCCUGCUAACCCAUUUGCCAAAGACCCCUCUCCAAUGGUUUCUAUCUCUAACACAGCUCAGCAAAGUGAUAAAAAAGAAUACAAUCCAUUUGAAAGUGAGGAGGAGGAUGAACAAAGUAAUGGAGCACCUGGAAAUACUUCAAACCCUUUUGAAGAGGAUGAAAAUCCAUUUCAAAAGCCUGCAGGCAGCUGGAAUUCAGGGAAUCCAUUUGAAGAGGGAUCCUCUGUCAAUCCCUUUGAAGUGGAGGAUGGCAAUGAGAUCUUUGGGGAGGAGGCUAUAGAGGAAGAGCUGCUUCUCCAACAGAUAGAUAAUAUUAAAGCUUAUAUAUUUGAUGCCAAACAUAGUGGACGACUGGAUGAGGUGGAGGUACUGACAGAGAACUUAAAGGAACUGAAGCACACAUUAGCAAAGCAGAAGGAGAAAUCUAACUGCUGAAGAAGCAAUAGGGCUGUCUAAUAGUUGUCUGCCAUUAAAUACGGGAAGAUAAAGCAUAUACUUACAGACAGGAGUGCAGAUCACAAGAGACAAUUGGGAUAAUCCUGACUUCAAAGCACUUUCAUUUAGGCAUUGCCACUACUACUUAAUCUUGAAGAAAGAAUUACUGAGGAAUGCUGCUGUCUCAAAAGCUUAUAGUAAGAAAUUUUAAAAUAACUUUUUACAGCACUUUUAAUGCUAACUGGUCUUACUGAAUAUUUAUUUUGAUCAAAGGGGUUAAGUGCUGAUAAGGAACUGUGAUUUGGAAGUGAUUGGAAUGUUGCUUUUCCCUCUUUCCCUCGUUCUGCUAUAGCGUUGGCCUUUCAAGCAUGRUUUUGACCAAAGAGAGAUGAAUAAAACUCCUUCAUCCUCUCCUGACCCAGGGCAGCUGAAUUGCUAAUGGUGUUCUGGAAACGUGCUGUUAAAAAGCUGCUGAUUCUCUGGGGUGCUGAAWGUACAGGCUUGCAGAUCAAGUUUGAUCUGUGCUAAUAAAUACAUAAAAGGGAUUUUAAGACGCAAAACAACUUUCCAGCUAAUC